CUGGUAACACGAAUAUGGUUUCUUAGUUACGUGACGUGGCAAGCCGAGGUAUCAUUAAUUCUCAAGUAGAAUAUUCUCUUUACUGGUUUCAGCAUUGCACGACAUCCAACAAUAGACGUUGGAUGAUAUGAGGCGAACAACCUGGUAAGCAGCUAUAUUCGGCGAGAGGCAUCGGCAGCCAGCCGACGUCCAGUUAUCUACUUCAAGACGAGCCGCCGUAACAUACAUAUUUCUGGGCAUGUCCCCCUCCACCAUACUUUCUUCAGCCAAAGCCUUGGUACACUGCAAAUAGACUAUGUCAAAUAGAAGCUCGCGGACCCAACCUGGUGGUCCAUUUCCUUGUGGAUAUUUUGGUUGCAACAAGACCUUUACACGUCGCACCGGUGCUCGCCGUCAUGAAACGACCGUCCACGGGGAUAAAAAGUACUGUUGUAAUGAGCCAGAUUGCAAUUACCGUGGUGGAAAACGACGAAAUGAUUUCGAGAAACAUAUGAAAAAGAAACAUCCCGGACAUGAUAGUAUGUACUACGUAAUUGACGAGUUCUAAUUGGCAUAUCAGCUUACGACGCUUGCGAAGAUCACUUGUUCGUCCCAGAUAAUCUCAGCAAUACGCAAGGAAGUCAAUUUCAUGUUGCACAUUAUUCUCAAAGCUCUGAGAUCAGCUAUUCCUCUCAAAGUAGGUCACUUCUCAGUUAAACCCGAACCUGUGAUGACAACUCUGAUCAAUCAUGGCAAGUUUCUGGAAAUUUUUCUCCAACUUCGCCACUACCGAGUAUCAAUUCCGAUUCAAGAUUCAAUCCUAUCGAUGCACACAAGAAGCCCGUAGCCCCCACGAUGGUUCCAGUAGGCUCAGCCAGCUUUCCGCAGUUUCAUGGCAGUUUUGAUCCGAAUAUCACUCCUCUACGACCUUAUAAUACACGCGUCUUCCAGGUCAUCGAUCUACCGCGCCCUGAAUUCGAACCACUACCAGCAGUAGCUUCAGAGAUUGGGAAUAUUUGGAGUCAAUUUAAUCCUUCAACCAUUUGUCAUUCAGAGUCGACAUUCCAAAACAUCAACGAUGCGGGCAUCAUGAAUGGGUAUGAGACUUACAAUGGUGAAUAUGAUACAAGUCGAUACGGGCAACCGGAACACAACCGUUAUUACAGAUGAUGAAUGUUCAUUUGUUUAAUUGUGUUAUAAAGAUUUAGAAAGCUACAAAGAAAGACGUGGUGUAGAUAUGGGUGUAUAAUGAGGCGUUUAGUCAAUUCUGGGUGGGGUUCAGGCUUGUCAUUGAAACGGGUCAAGCCUGGCGGUAGUUUCUAUCAAAUUGUUCCUUUUGAAUCAUAUCAAUGACCAUAUACUCAUACUGGAUCUCAAAAAUUUCUUUCCC